CAGCAGAGAGCUGAUAAUCAGGGUGGGGUGGAGCUGACUGAACACUGGGACAGACAACAUAAAUAUUAAUGUUCAGACAUAAAACAGAGGGCAGUUUCUUCUUCUUGGCUCAUUCUCCAGACACAGAGAAGAGUAAACAGAACCAGCAGAUGAUGAUGGCCGACUACUGUUAUGUGAAGGACGAGGAGGGUGAAAGUGCCCUCUGCAUCAAAGAGACUCCACCCACACCCCGCUCACCUGCCUCUAGGUUCAGACGCUGGUUAUUUCCUGCUCUGACAGCUGUGAUCCUGCUGAUUCUGAUCAUACUGCUGGGAGCAACCUGUAUAAAAAUGUCAAAUCACCUGCAGUCUUUGGAGCAGAGAUUAUCCAACCAGAGUGACAUCCAGUCACUGCAAACCUCAGUGCAGAAGGCUCAAGACAUGUCAAAUCAGCUGUUAUCUGUGGAGCAGAAAAUUUCUAUCCUGAGUGACAUCAUCAAAUCGAUAGAUACCUCACCGCAGCAUGCCCAAGACAUGUCAAAUCAUCUGUUAUCUGUGGAGCAGAGCGUUUCCAACCUGAGUGACAUCAUCAGAUCACUAGAUCCCUCACUGCAGCACACCCAAGAAACAGCCAAAGAAGUGAAGCAACUGCUGUUUGCUGUUGAGAGCAACAAGAACCAGCUGACCUCAGUGUCGGAGGUGCUGAAGCAGCUGAAGUCUGCUGUUGAGAGCAACAAGAACCAGCUGACCUCAGUGUCGGAGGUGCUGAAGCAGCUGGAGGUCAUAGACUCUCUCAGCAGGAGUAUCACUGCCAUCAAAUGUUCCCUCAAAAGUAUCAACAACAGUUCAUCUACAGAAGGCUGCUGUCCUCCAGAUUGGACUGCUUUUGAAUCCAGCUGUUACUACUUCAGCCGUGGGUCUCUCUCCUGGAACGACUCCAGAGACCGGUGUGAAACACGGCAAGCUCACCUGGUCAUUCUGCGUGCUGACAAGGAGUGGGACUUUGUGACCAAUCGAACCAUCCCUGAGUAUUUUUGGAUCGGUUUGUCUGACUGGAGAACUGGAAGCUGGGAGUGGGUGGACCAGACACCAUACACUGUGGAGUCCAGGCGGUGGCGCCCAGGGCAGCCUGAUAACUGGGCUGGUCAUGGUCUAGGCCCUGGCACUGAAGACUGCGCUCACCUUCAUGAUGAUGGAAGCCUGAAUGACCAGCACUGCUCCAUUAAGCUGCACUUCAUCUGUCAGAAACACAGCAUGAAUAUUUGAACACACCUGCUCUCCUGGCUCCGCCCACUAGCUGCUCUCUAAAACAUCCCAAUUAAAGUAAAAGAUCAGUAAAAGAAAAGAAAUCACUGAGAAGUUCUAAUAUAAUGUAGAGCUCUCCUUCUGUGGACUUCUUGUUCCAUUGGGGGGCGCUGUUGAGCUUCUCCAGAAGGAAUAAAUAAAGUUAGAUUAGUAUGGAUUCUGUGGGUUCACAGCUUCUAUUGUCCUGGAGUGAAACACCUUUGUGAGCAUUAUGGAGUCCACAGCAGCAGCUUCAGUUUGUUCUUAAACUAACCCUGUGUGUGAUUUAGAACAUCACCAUGUUUUGGUUCUUUUUAUGAAUGAAUUACAGUCAAAGUGUGAAAGGAGGUGGAGGAGAGUCUGUACUCAUAACUGUAUCCAUAAACCUUUUGUUUAUGUGUCUGGUGUGGAAAUAUGAUUUCCCUGUGGCUAAAAUGUAUCCACUGUGCUCAUCUGGUGUGAAAGUCAUCCAGCCUUUCAGGUUAAGGCUAUAUAUGCACUCAGUAGGAAUCCACCAAUCAGAGCACAUAGACAGACACUGACCAAACAAUCAGCCAACAGAGAAUGAGACUCUGUUUUUGAUUUGUUUCCCUCUUUUAUGCCCCGCCCUCACUGUCUUCACCUUUGUAGGCUUUUACCUGUGCCCGUCUCUUUGCUACAUAGACCUUAUAUAUGGUCCUGCCUUCUUAGUAACUUGUAGUUUGCCAACCUGUUUUUUCCUGUUUGGAUUCUUGAGUGUAGUUUUUAUGUAGCAUUAUCUUUGCUUUUUGUUUACGUUUCCUUGUUAGUAAUAAAGUUGCU